AUGGAUGCCCGGAAGAAGAAGAGAAAGGUGCUCUUAAUGGGCAAGAGCGGAUCAGGGAAGUCGUCCAUGCGCUCAAUUAUCUUCAGCAACUACGUCGCAAAGGAUGUCCGGCGCCUAGGUGCUACGAUUGAUGUGGAGCACAGCCACGUCAAGUUCAUGGGUAACCUCACAUUGAAUCUGUGGGAUUGCGGAGGACAAGAUGCCUUCAUGGAGACCUAUCUAGCCUCGCAGCGCGGCAACAUCUUCUCAGACGUCGCAGUCCUCAUCUACGUAUUCGACAUCGAGUCACGAGAAGUCGAGCGCGACCUGGACACCUACCAUGCGAUAAUCGAAGCCCUGCGCGAAUUCAGCCCAAACGCCUACGUCUUCUGUCUCGUGCACAAGAUGGAUCUAAUCCAAGCCGAGCACCGCCAACGCAUCUACGAAGAGCGCUCCGCGGUAAUCCGCAGCCGAUCCAGCGACUUCCGCGUCGACACCUUCGCCAGCAGCAUCUGGGACCAAUCGCUGUACAAAGCCUGGGCCGGAAUCGUGCACAAGCUCAUCCCAAACCUAGUCGUGAUUGAGCGCUUCCUAACCGCCUUCGCGAAGAAAAUAAACGCUGAAGAAGUCAUCCUCUUCGAGCGCUCUACUUUCCUCACUGUUACCUCCGUGACAUCCGAGGUCGGCGACCUCAAUCCCAUCUAUGAUCGCCACGAGCGUCUCUCGAAUAUCAUGAAGGCAUUCAAGCACUGCGCUGCUCGAAACACCCUCACCACCCCGGCUUCUGCGGGCUUCGUCUUCAAUAUCUUCCUCGGCCGCUUCACGGAUAACACCUAUAUCUUCCUUGUCGUGCCUCCCGGCGAGGCUUCGUACAACUGCGCCGUGCUCAACACCAUGCUUGCUCGCGAGGGAUUCUCAAAGGCAGCUGCCGGCAGCGGUGGUGGUGAUGGGUUCCCUCUUCCUCCGCCAGAAACAACGGAGGAGCAUGCGACGAACGGGAAUGGGAAUCCCGCGUGA